CAGCAGAGGAGCUCUUCGAGGAAGUGAGCAAACCGGUAAUGCUGCACGAUAACGCCUGGGAGUUUCUGGUGCGUUUUUGUAAAAAUCCUUAGCGUUUUGGAAUGUCGAUUUAUCACGGAUGAGUAUAUUCACAAUUAGCCACUAUGGUAGAACAAGAAAUAUUUUAAACUGGUGUUUGUGAGUUGGCGGAAAGUUGAUUGGAGCUCUUCGACCAGCUGUGUUUGGACCAGCUUCCUCAUUGUAAGAAGUAAUACGUUUCCUGGUGACAAGAUGCAUCUCCACGCUAUUCUGUGUGUUCUGGCCACGUAUUAUGAAUCAGCCUUGUCUCUGAAUGCAAGAAGCAAUGAACAGAAAGGUGAUGGAAAAGAUGUGACCCCACUAUUGCUUGUAUCUUUUGAUGGUUUCCGGUCUGACUAUCUGGAAAAAUACCCAUUACCCAAUCUACAGAAAUUCAUCUCUGGUGGCGUUCUUAUUGAUCACCUCAGCAACGUCUUUACUACUAAAACCUUUCCUAACCAUUACAGCCUCGUCACUGGACUGUAUGCGGAAAGUCAUGGAAUUCUGGCAAGUCGCAUGUAUGACUCAGAGACAAAUAAAACUUUUACUAUUCGUGAUUCUAGCGAUCCUUUCUGGUGGGACGAAGCAACACCGCUCUGGGUGUCUGUGCAGAACUGGAAUUAUAAAUCUGCAGCUGCAAUGUGGCCCGGAACAGAUCUGAUGAUUCAAAACCGUACCUCAACGUACUUUUUAAAAUAUAACCCGAAGGUUCCAUUCAAUGAAAGACUGGACAGCUUAAUAAAAUGGCUCACUGAAGAAAAAUUGGUCAAGUUCGCUGCACUGUACUGGGAAGAACCGGAUAGUACUGGACACACAUAUGGACCUGAAAACACCACAAUGAUGGCCAAGGCACUGAAAGAAGUGGAUGACAAUGUGGGGCUUUUGAUGGAUCGUCUCAACCAGACAGGACUAUGGGGGAAGAUAAAUGUGAUUAUUACUAGUGAUCAUGGCAUGGUGCAGUGCUCCCAGGACCGACUAAUUAGGCUUGAUGACUGUGUCGAUCGGAAUAGCUAUAUCUUGGUGGACACUACUCCAGUGGCUGCCAUCAUACCAGUCAAUGAUUCCUCAGAUCUGUAUAAAAAACUUAGUACCUGCAACGUGCACAUGAAGGCUUACAUGAAAGCUGCGAUACCUGACAGGCUGCACUACAGAAACAAUAAACGCAUUCAGCCCAUCCUCCUGAUGGCUGAUGAAGGUUGGACAAUUGUCCAGCAAGGCAACCUCCCACGAUUGGGUGAUCAUGGCUAUGAUAACUCCCUCGCCAGCAUGCACCCCUUCCUAGCAGCCCAGGGCCCAGCCUUUCGGAAGGGUUAUCGGAUGAACACCAUCAACAGUGUGGAUCUCUACCCCCUCAUGUGCAACCUUCUGGGCAUCCCUGAGAUGCCCAAUAAUGGCAGCUUCAGCAACGUGCGCUGUGUGCUCCUCAGAGAGAAGUGCUCAGACCUGGCAGCAGUAAUCGGUAUCGUUAUUGGUGCCCUCAUAGUGCUCACCACCAUCACCCUCCUCUUCAGAUUGCUGAAAAACAGGGAGCACUCUUUGCCAAGGCCGUUUGCCCGCUUAGAGCUGGAGGAGGACGACGAUGACGAACCUUUGCUUGAAUGAGCAUAGAACCUGCAGUUUAAAGUACAUGCACUAUUCUUGCUAAAGUAGAAAAUAAACAAAAAAAAAUGCACAAAUAGGCUUUAAAAAAAAAAAAAUAAUCCUGAUAUGGGAAUUGUGUAGCAAAACUUUGCUUAUUAUUGUUUAACCCACUAAAUAAUUAAGCCGCUAUUUAAUUACUCAGAAGGGUAAAAAAGCAACACACAUUUGUUUUCUAUCAAAUUACAACAAAUUCUAGCUCACACAUUUUCUUCAGGUUUAGGACUAGAAUGAGGAAUCGGAUUAGAAUUAGGUGUCAGAGAUGAGAACAUGUGAUGUUAACAGUGAUGUCAUUUUAUUUUCAUUCAUUUGCAAAUAAAUAUCAGGUCCAGUAUAAUGACAUAAUUUAAACAGGCAUAUGUGUUAUCAGGUAAUAGUGACAACUCAAGUGCAAUGCUCAUUUAGCUUUAAUGGAAAAGGCCCUGAAGGAUAUUCCUAAUUUUAUUUAGCUGUUUCUGAGCUUUUACCGAUUUUCUGAUCUUCAGCAAAGUACCAGGAACCAAAACAAUCAAGUAACUGAGUUAACUACACUGUAUAUUUAUUUCUUUGUGUUUUAUGCUUUAUUAAGGGCAUAUGAAUGUUUAUUUAAUCUGUGUGGUCUGUGAAUAUUGAGCUUUAUAUUUAGAUAAUAAAAAUUCUAUUUUUCUAUUCUGAGGGUGUUUAGGUGUAGGCUAGUCAGUAAAAUGAGAAUAAUAUGCUUUUAAUGAUUAUUUAAUUAAAAAUCUUUUUUUUUUUUUUUUUUUUUUAAAUAAAUAAAUAAAUGUGAGCUUUUUGCACUUAGAUGUUUGAGGUGAAAGGGGUUUAAGGGCUGGGUCACUGUUUUCUUAAAGUCUUCCUGUAAUGAUAUUGCAUAACUGUGCAAUGGAAAGAUAUUCUGUAUAUGUAAAUAGGUACUGUUCUGUAUUGUAGGAGCUUUUGUGGAGUUUUGUGCGUGUUUAAACCUGAUUGUGAAAUAAUUUAAUUCUUGCAUAGUAUUUUGUGGUAAUAUCUAUUGACAAUUUUGUAAUGUUAAGUCUAAUCCACUAGAGGUCACUCUCGAAUAUGUAAGGCUCAAUAUGAUGUGUAAAUAUCUCAAAGGUUCAUGGAAUCAUCUUUUGUCUAACAUUGGAAAAAAAAAGAGUGACUUUUACAUUUCAAAUUCCUAAUAGUUGUGAGAGUAUAUAAAUUUGCUUCUGUAUGUGGAUGAAGUUGCAGUUAAAGCUUUAAGUUGAGAGUCUUUCUCGUAAUAAAAUCUCCUUCAUUAA